CUCGCCCGAGGAAGGGACCGGCUCCGCGCUCGACUCUUUGCCAGUCUAGGAGCGGAGGUGCACCCAGCCACGCGCCGCGGCGGUUCUCUCUCUUUCCUUUGGGUUCGCAUACCUCGACGCAGCGACCAUCAGGGGCCAAGCCGAUCCCACAUCCUGAUUUGAAAGGCUCCAACGACGUGUCCCCAAUCCCGGAAUAAUCGAAAGGAUCCGAGGAAGUUGUAACCAAGAGCCGAAAAUACGUAGCAGAAUUACUUAUUCAUCGCGACCGAGGGUCGAGGGUUCUUAAUCGCAUCACCAGAGACUUUAAAGAGGUCUCGACGGAGUCCAGGGUCUCUAACUGACCGUCAGAAGAUCUUGAACAGAGGCCGAAGAAUCUAAAUCAUGGCUUACGACGAUGUCAUCCUACGAAUGGGGGAGUUUGGUCGCUAUCAACGUAGGAUUUACUUGCUCUUGUGUUUGCCGGCGAUCUCUUGCGCCUUUCACAAACUCGCCGGGGUAUUUUUGGGCGCUAAGAUGGAUUCUAGGUGCCUCUUGCCGAAUGAAAACCCGGAGAAUGCUAGCUACUGGUUGCCAAUGGAUGUCAUUAACGCGAGCUACCCGUGGGAUCCGGAGCUGAACGAAUGGUCCCGGUGUAAGAGAUGGGACCACAUCAACUCGACGAGCUAUUCUUUAGAGGACAUCGAUCUAAAUCGACGGGUCGAAUCGUGUACCGAGUUCGUCUAUGAUAGAAGUACAUACCGGAGUAGCACGACAUCGGAGUGGAACUUGGUGUGCGACAAGGAGUGGCUGCGAGCUACGGGGGACUCGUUGUUCAUGGUAGGAGUCAUGCUUGGCUCGAUGAUUUUCGGUGGUUUGUCCGAUAAAUUUGGACGUAGACCAAUUUUCUUCCUGUCUUUAGUCAUCCAGCUGGUCGGCGGAAUACUAGUGGCAGUCUCGCCCGAGUUUAUUUCCUACGUAAUCUUCAGGUUGAUCGUCGGCUCGACUACCAGCGGUGUCUUCCUGGUAGCUUAUGUCAUUGCUCUCGAAAUGGUCGGCCCGAAGAAGCGGUUAGUUGCCGGAGUUGGAUGUCAAUUAUUUUUUACCACCGGCUACAUCAUGACUGCCGGGUUUGCGUACUUCUUUACUGAUUGGCGGAUGCUACAAAUUGCGAUUACCGUUCCAAGUGUGGCUUUCCUGAUAUAUUGGUGGUUUAUUCCCGAGUCAGCUAGGUGGCUCUUGACGAAUCACCGGAUUAACGAAGCAAAGGACUUGCUCCAAAGUGCUUCGCUGGAAAACGGUGUGGAUAUACCACGUGAGACGUUAGACGCACUUCUAGAUAAUGACGCGGACAGUACCCCGGACAAGAAAAAGGCGACGCUCUUAGACUUGUUCAGAUACCCGCACCUGAGGCGGAAGACUAUUCUCCUAUUUUUCAACUGGCUGGUGAACAGCGGUACGUAUUACGGGCUCUCUUGGAACUCCUCGGACCUGGGAGGUAACACGCACUUGAACUUCGUCAUUUCGGGGAUAGUUGAGGUGCCUGCGUACACGUUUCUGAUCUUCACCUUAAACCGAUGGGGGAGAAAGAGCAUACUCGCUGGAUGCAUGCUAGUCGCGGGAUUAUGUCUACUAGGCACUCAGUUUGUACCUGCAGACAUGCCGUGGCUCUUGACGGCGUUAGCCAUGCUAGCAAAGCUAGCGAUCACUUCGUCUUACGGUGCAAUCUACGUAUUUACUGCCGAGCAGUUCCCUACCGUGAUUAGAAAUGUUGGAUUGGGCGCGUGUUCGACAUUCGCCCGCAUCGGGGGAGUGAUUGCGCCCUACGUUAACUACUUGUCUAAAAUCUGGAUGCCGAUGCCGCUGGUCAUUUUCGGUGCCUGCGCCUUCGUCGGUGGAUUCUUAUCCCUGCAACUGCCGGAAACGUUAAAUAAGAAACUGCCCGAGACCAUUCAGGAUGGCGAGAGGUUUGGCAAGAAAAUUAAGAAGACGAAGAAAAGCCACCAGCAGCAACAGGACAAUGAGCAGCUGAACGAUAUCGAAGUGAUAAAGCCGCUCAAACCGCGAGAAAACGGCGUUCUAGAGAAACAGAACGGAUGAUAUCUAUUUUCGGAUUAAAUCUUUCGAUAAUUGAUUACGCUACGAUCGUUAGCCGAGUUCCUGUGUUGACAAUGUCGAGCGAGGUGGUCAGAAAUAAAACACCAGACAGCAGACGCUAAUUGCGCGCACAAGCUUUCAAAAUUACACGAUGGAUAAAUGUGCUCUACUAUAACGCGUGGCAACAACAUAACUAUAGUCUUAGGAUGGUUCGGAUUUGAGUGAUUCAGAAAUUGCACGAUUAAGUUCACUAUAUUAACAGAUCCGCUGACACUUUUGACACCUUUGCGUGACCUCAUCCCGUGCAACGCGCGAAUAAGACUCUUUUGUAAUCUUUUUGUAUUUCCUAAUCUGUAAACGUUUUAUGCACAUAUGUAUUUUAUUAUGACCAAACAUGGCCCAAUAAUUUUUGACAUAUACCUUGCGUAUGCGUAUACAGAUUCUACACAUGUACUUGUAAUUCGCGCUCUCUUUUAUAGAUGCAUAAGAAAGGCGUCACACUUCUUUGCAUUCAAAUGCCAAUUGAUGCUUUCUAUGCUUUGUUUAUGCAUAUAUUUUGUUCAAAGUGUAUAAGACGAGAUGUUUCUUCUCGACUGAUCUCUUCGUAAAACAAACAAAUUGCAUAAGAUUGGCACAUUAUAAAUUUAUACAGGGUGCACACUUUUCUAUAAGCACCUUCGACUAUACACAGCAUCAUCAUAAAUCAGGUUACUAAGAUAAUUUGUUAAUGAUCCACACGAGUAUUUAAAACUGAAUCGUGAAGUUCAUUAUUGCAAAAAGGAAUUAUACACUUCUUGAAUAUAAUAAAAUUUAAAUGACAUUGA